AUGCGACCCACCACACACCUUCCCAGCUCUGGCCCAAGGCAAGAUUGCCAGCUCUCCCAGCUCUGGCAACCACACAAAAUCCCAGCUCUUCCAGCUCUGGCCCAAGGCAAGACUACCAGCUCACCCAGCUCCGGCCGCCAACCACCAUCCCAGCUCUUCCAGCUCUGGCCCAAGGCAAGACUGCCAGCCCUGCCAGCUCCACCCACCACACACCUUCCCAGCUCUUCCAGCUCUGGCCCAAGGCAAGAAUGCCAGCCCUGCCAGCUCUGUGACCCACCACACACCUUCCCAGCCCCUCCAGCUCUGGCCCAAGGCAAGAUUGCCAGCUCUCCCAGCUCCACCCACCACACACCAUCCCAGCUCUUCCAGCUCUGGCCCAAGGCAAAACUACCAGCUCUCCCAGCUCCGGCCCCCAACCACCAUCCCAGCUCUUCCAGCUCUUGCCCAAGGCAAGACUGCCAGCUCUGCCAGCUAUGUGACCCACCACACACCUUCCCAGCUCUGGCCCAAGGCAAGAUUGCCAGCUCUCCCAGCUCUGGCAGCCACACACCAUCCCAGCUCUUCCAGGCUGUAUAA